AUGGCUUUCAGAUCACUGUCUGGUCUAAAAUCCACAUUAAUGAAUCACUUAAAGGGAAGCUCAUCAUUAAAUUAUGCAACAGCAGCCACUUCAAAGCUUAAGCCAGCUUAUUCACUCAAACAGAUUGUUCCCAAAUCACGGAAGGGAGAUUUCGUGCCAGUGUGUAUGGCGCUAGGAAUGAUCGGACUGUCAACGAGUUUCGGGAUACACACGGCGAUGCAGCAGCUGAGGCGCGCCCCUAAUGUACAUGUGAAGAAAUCACGAAGGGAAACUGUGCCAGAAAUAGUGGAACCAGAACAUGUUGCGGAAGAGGCAGAAAAGUUUGUUAAUAAAUCUUUGUUCCGAAAGGUGGCUCAUGCUAGCACCGGAGACAUGAUUUAUACCAAGAAGCCAGGUGUAGAGACGUUGAAAACUAUAGGAGUGGAUCCAAUGAUGUAA